GGCCUUUGUCACUUGUCAUCUCCUUCGGCCCCUUAUAUGCAUCCCUACAUUGUCCUUGCAGAGCACUCUGAGUUGGAAAGGAGCUCGACUUUGUCAGGCUCACAUCGCGUAGCCUCUCCAAGAGCAGUCUGCAGCCAUGACGAUCGUGGAGAUGCAGAUGAACAUCGACUGCGACGGCUGCGAGGACAACGUGAGGAAGGCCCUUCUGAGGCUUCAAGGCGUGCACUACGUGGACGUGGACCGAGCGCGGGACAAGGUGACGGUGACCGGCACGGCGAGCCAGAAGAAGGUGCUGCGCGCGGCGCGGCGCACGGGGAAGCUCGCCGUGCUGUGGCCGUCGGCGUACGACCCGGGGUACCACCACGCCUACGCCUACGCUCACGCACAGCCGGCCUAUUACUCCUACCAGGCCAAGCCCGCCGCCGCCCACGCACACCGCAACUACAACAGCGUUCCGCACGGCAAGAGCGGGUACAUGCCGGCGGCGCAGUACGGCAGCGCCAGCUCGUACAACUACCACGUCCAUGGCUACUACGACUCGGACCUCCACGGGUACUACCACCAGCAGCAGGGGCUGUCCAACGCCGCCGUGCCUGUCGACGCGGGGAGCUACUUCAGCGACGACAACCCCAGCGCCUGCUCCGUCAUGUGAGUGCACAGCUGACCGGUGGUCGCUCCGAUGCCUACGAAUUGGCCUCUGCAUCGUGUACAUACGUCUCUUGUGGAUAGUUCUCUCUGUCAAGGUGCUCUGUUAAGACACUGAAGCCUAUGUUUGGAACAAGAAAUUUAUGCAAGUUA